AGUCGCAAGCGAAGCCCUGGAAGAAGUAUCGUUUCAGCCUGCUGCUUGACGACUUACCUGCCUACCUAAAUUCGCAUACGGGCUUCAAAAUAUCCUUUAAAGAAAUACGAGAUUCGAGCCUCAGGCAUUUAAGGCUUGAAGCGGCUUGCGUCGGGAAUGACGCCUUUUCAAAUCAGUGGGACAAGUCACCCCGCUUAAUUGGAGCUUCAAUUCAAUAGCAACGGUUGCUAGCAAACGCAUAAACCGCUGCAGCUUAAUUCGGCAGGAGGCGGACAGUCGUCGUUGGCUCGAAUGAGAGGGCCGAAUAGCUUCGUGAGGGGCAGUCUUCUAUUCAGAAGCAUCCAGCUCACUAUCCACAAACUUAGUCCCUCAUCGUCAUUAUAUUCCCCGUCCCCCUUCCCAGCGCACGUCCAUUUACGAGGAUACUGUCUUGCUUCGAAGAGAAUUAUGGCUCCCCGUGACCCCAAUACCCUGGCCAACUACGGCGAAUGGGGCACUAAGCACACAGCCGUUAACUUCAAGGUCAACUUUGAGAAGCAGCGACUAGAAGGCUCGGUCCUCCUAGAACUGGAGUCAUUGACAAAUAAGGAAAGCCGUGAGAUCAUCCUUGACACAAACCACCUCUCUAUCUCAUCCGUCAAGCUUGAUUCCGCCAGCUCGGAGUGGACAGUCAAGGACCGAGUUGAACCGUACGGCGCUCCGUUGCAUAUCUCCGUGCCGAAUGGAGUAUCUCGGGGUGAAGUCGUGAAGUUGGAUAUUGGUUUGGAGACCACGGAGCACUGCGUCGGUUUGCAAUGGAUGACGCCGGCUCAGACUGGUAACAAGAAGCAUCCAUACGUAUACUCGCAAUGCCAAGCUAUUCUAGCUCGGUCAAUCUUUCCGUGUCAAGAUACUCCAGAUGUCAAGUCGACGUUCUCCUUCAACAUUUCCUCACCUUUGCCCGUAGUUGCAAGUGGAGUGCCCGUGCCCUCGGAUAGCACGGGCGAGGGAGACAAGCUGUUCCGCUUCGAGCAGAAGGUUCCCAUUCCCUCUUACCUAUUCGCAUUAGCUUCAGGAGAUCUUGCCACUGCGCGGAUUGGGAAGCGGUCCGUGGUCUCAACCGGACCGGAGGCCAUCGAAGGCGCAAAAUGGGAACUCGAGGCGGACAUGGACAAAUUCCUUGAAGUAGCAGAGAAAUUAAUCUUUGAAUACCGAUGGGGAGAGUACAACGUACUAGUGUUGCCCCCAAGCUUCGCUUACGGAGGAAUGGAAAACCCGAUCUUCACUUUUGCUACACCUACCAUUAUCAGCGGCGACCGCCAGAAUGUUGAUGUGAUUGCUCACGAGCUUAGCCAUAGUUGGAGUGGCAAUCUCGUGGGUUGUGCUUCCUGGGAGCACUUCUGGCUGAAUGAAGGGUGGACCACCUAUCUUGAACGCCGUAUUGGUGCUGCCAUUCAUGGCGAGCCUCAAUUUGACUUCUCAGCCAUUAUCGGUUGGAAGGCCCUUGAGGACUCUGUCUCAGUUCUAGGAGCUGAUCACGAAUUCACCAAACUCAUUAUCAGUCAUAAAGGGGUAGACCCCGAGGAUGCCUUUAGUACAGUUCCCUACGAGAAGGGAUUUCACUUUCUGUGGUAUCUUGAUCGAUUAGUUGGCCGAGAGCACUUCGACAAGUUCAUCCCGCACUACUUCAAGACAUGGGCUAAUAAGUCUCUGAACUCAUUUGAAUUCAAGAAGACUUUCUUGGACUUCUUUGAGGGAUACGGAAAUGCAGAGAUCAAGGAGAAGAUUGCUGAGAUCCCAUGGGAAGAGAGAUUCUACAAGCCAGGCUUGCCGCCAAAGCCUGAAUUCAACACGGCCUAUGUCGACAGCUGCCUCGCGCUUGCUGACAAAUGGAAGAACGAGGACUAUCAACCGAGCCCCAAGGAUAUCGAAUCAUUCACAGCGAACCAGACUCUUGUCUUCUUGCAGGCCGUGCAGGAUUUCCCCAACCCCCUAACCGCCGAGAGAUCUCAUAUUUUAGGAACUACCUACAAUAUUAGUUCGUCGAAGAAUGUCGAGUUGAAAUCCGCCUACUACGCCAUUGCCCUCAAAGCCAACGAUAGGCAAGAGUUCCCCGGCAUAGUUGAACUUCUUGGCUCUGUCGGACGUAUGAAGUUUGUGAAGCCGUUAUACAGGAAACUCAACGAGCUGGAUAGAGACUUGGCCGUUAAGACAUUCGAGAAGAGCAAGGACUUCUACCCAUCUACCACAAAGGGACAGAUACAGAAGAUUCUGGGUUUGAAGUAAAAGCUCACUGGUACUUAGGGGCUACUUUCGAACUUUGAACAGUAUCAACUCUACCGAAAAAUUGGUGGUUCAGUACGCAUAUAGAACGAAAAGAGCCAAGGUAUUACCCGAUCACGGCUGAGUUACUUGUUUUCUGUUGAAUGAAAACAGGCUUUCACCACGUUAUGCGACUUAUGUGAUAUAAUAAUUAAACUCCCUAGUAUUAUAGUUGAAGCCUAAUGAGCAUACGUAGCUCCAAUAGAUUACCCCUGAAGCUUUAGACUUAUUUGGGAGUUGUCAGCUGGCCGACGGCCGAUAAAGCUUAGAAAGCAGCUGCAAUGGGUUACAUGCGCAGUUUCUAAGAUUGGCAUUUACAU